AUGUUUAAUAACAAAUGUAGACGUUUCUCAAAUGACGGGUCAACAGAUUCUGGUGGAGGGGAUUCUUGUUCUUCUGGUUCACUUUCCCCAAUCCCCCCAAAUUUAAAAUUAUUUUCUUCUUCUUUAACUUCUCCAAAUUCAACAAAUUUAUUAAUUCCCCACCAAAAACAAUUAAAUAAUCGGAGAUGUUCUCCUUCAAAAUUAAAAUUUUCUAAAAUUAAUGGAAAAUAUUUAUUGAGACGUUGGCCUUUAAAUCGUUUAUUUAAUUCAAAAUUAUUUUCUUUUUUACUUACAAUUAUUUUAUUGUUUGCUAUUUGGAGAGUUUAUAUUUGGAAUGAACAAAUUAAACAAAGAACUACUGUUAUUUUAAUUACUCCAACAUAUAAGAGACAUGAAAGGCUUGCUGAUAUGACUAGACUUUCCCAAACACUUAUGCAUAUACAGAAUUUACAUUGGGUUGUUGUAGAAGACGCUAACCAUACUUCUCCAGCUGUUGAAAAAAUUUUACAACGUUCUAAAAUUCCUUACACAUAUUUUUAUACAACAACAAAACCUGGAUUUCCCCUUCGUGGGUGGACACACAGAAAUGUUGCUUUAGAAUAUGUUAGGAAAAAUUAUAAAAAUUAUAACAAAAAUGCUGUUGUUUAUUUUGCUGAUGAUGAUAAUACUUAUGACAUUAGAUUAUUUAAUAAUUAUAUUAAAAAAGUAAAAACAAUUGGAGUAUGGGCUGUUGCUUUGGCUGGUGGUGCAAAAGUAGAAGCCCCAAGAGUAAAUAAAAAUGGAACAUUAAUUGGUUGGGAUGUUAUUUACGCACCUUCAAGACGUUUUGCUGUUGAUAUGGCUGGAUUUGCUAUAAAUUUAAACUUAAUUUUGGCUGGCAAUGCAAGCUUCCACGAGGGAUGCAUUAAAGGAGCUCCAGAAUCAUGUUUUCUUUCUCAAUUUAACAUUCCUCGUGAGAAAGUUGAAGUUUUUGGUUGGAAUGAAGAACCUAAAGAAAUUUUAGUUUGGCAUACAAAAACUUUAGCUGCAAAAAUAACUGGUACUUCUCAUGGUUAUGUAUUUGAAAAUAAAUUUAAAUAAAUUAGAGAAUGAUGAUAAUAUAUAGAAUUAAUUAAUUAAUUAAUAUCAACCUAGACGGGUUUAUUUUCUUUUUUUUUAGAAUUUUAAUUUCCAUUUUCGCUUUUUCAAUUCACUUUUUUCUUCUUUUUUCUUCACUUUCCCGGUGUUUAUUUCGAAUACAAAAAAUAGUCUGCAAAAUUUCUUUCAUUCCAAAAAAAUAAUUUAACGAAUUU